GGAUUUAUCUAUAUGCAGCAGAACCCAAGAUAUCUUCUCGCAUUAUUGAGAUUCUUCUUUGUCAGAUUUUCCAUCCACAAGGAAGGCCCUCGAAAGUAGGCUCUUUCAGUCUCCAUGCUAUUCCGCCCACACCCACCCUUAUAAAAAUCAAACUUGCUGAUGAUGUUUUGCUUUGUCUACUUCUAGCUUAUUAGAGUUUCUUCGCUCAUUACUGUGGUUUUUUUUCUUUUUCUUUGUUUCUUUUGGCUCUCUGGGGGUUCAGCGAGGUGAUCCUUUUCUCUUUUCUUAGGCCAUCACUCAUCUGAGGUGGAUUUCUUUGGUCGCCCUGGCCAAAAUUUGCAUAUCAAGAGAUUCAAGAGAAGGCUACUUUAUUGGCUCUCUUAAUUCUCUCCCUCUCAGCGCGCGCGCGCGUGCGCGCGUGGGGCGUGAGGUCUAAAGCUUUUCAGUCCAAAAGAAGACAACACCAGCGAAAGGGUCAUCUCAGGUAGUGAUAAUUUCAAACUUGGUAGCAUAGGUGAGCCUUCUCUAAUUACUAAUGUUGGUGAUCCUAUCUAUGGCAUAAUACCUGACUGUUUCCUUGGUAAAACGUAUGUGAGUGAAAUCACCAGUUGCCUUUGGUUUUCAUCGCCGAGAUAUCUCGGUAGCUCCCGGAACGGACGACGGCAAAGAUGUGAUUAGCUUGCUCAGGAAUUAACAAAAGAAGCAACGCAACAGGUCUACGAAUACCACUAACACAGGAGGGUGGGGGUGCCCAGGGUGCUCUCGACAGGAGCAUAGUAAUGUCAUGCCAAUUGUUGAGUUACCCGUUAGCUUCAAUGUUUUGGAACAAUAGAACCCAUCGCAAAUCUCGGCCUUGUUGUUCUGUUUCUAAUUCAAAACAAUCAUCACUCCUUGUGAAGACUGAUGGGAAUGGCAGAGUACUUUCUGAAUCGAAGAACUUGGACACGGGUUCCCCUUCAUCUGCAGCAGCUGCUCUCAUCAGUGGCCCUGUGCUCAGUCUACCCUACACAGUAGGUGUCAUAGGAGGGGUGUCUGCUGCUCUUACUCUCGCUUUCUUGGAGAAGCUUGUCGCAUGGUCUUCUCAAGAGAGUCAGGAAUCACUUCCUUUUAUCGUUUGCAACGAUCCAACUCUCACCAGAGAGUAUGUAAAUGCUAGCUCAAGAGACAACAACGGCCAAACCGAUUAUACUUCGAUCGUGAGGAGUUUACGGAGGAAGCGAGUUUUCUUGGAGAGAUCUGGAGCUCGUUGCAUUGUUAUGCCGUGUCAUGCAUCUCAUAGGUGGCAUGAGGAAAUUUCAAAUGACUGUUCAGUGCCAUUUCUUCAUGUGGGCGACUGUGUUGCCAAGGAACUCAAGGCGGCCGACCUGAAGCCAAUUGAAGCUGGAAGCAAUGUGCGUAUAGGGCUUAUUGCUACAGAUUAUCCUCUAACCGCUAGCUUCUAUCAGGAGAAACUGCAGAACGAGGGCUUUGAGGUAGUGUAUCCAGACAAAGCAACCAUGGAGCACAUUGUUGUACCAGCUGUCAGUGCAUUUAGAAGAAAGGACAUGGAGGGUGCAAGAACUCUUUCACGGAUAGCACUCCAAGUUCUUUUAGUGAGGGCUGUCAACACCAUAGUUCUUGCCUCCGAUGAUAUUACCAGAAUCUUACCUCGAGAUGAUCCCCUUCUUGAGAAAUGCAUCGACCCUAUGGAUAUUUUGGCAAGGGAGACUAUAGCAUGGGCCAAAUCAUUAGAAGGAAACGACCCUAAUGUGGUUGAAUGAUGUACAUCCUGUAUUCAUCUUAUAGGAGAAACCCUUUUAAAGAGCGUAUCCUCAAUGGUUGCACAGAAUUGUGGAUAGACCAGAUUUUCCGUAAUCAAUUGGCACAGAAUUGUGGAUAGACCAGAUUUUCUGUAAUCAAUCGGCAUAAAACACGCAGCAGUCAUGUAAUCAUAGAAUAUAGUUUGUUGGUUUGUUCUUUAGCUUGAUACUUGUCUUCUAGGUUACAAUGCAAAUCAAGGCCUUGUCAGCUUUUCUGCUCAUAUCAGUUUUACGACGGUCUUGUUCAUUUGUAAGCAAAUCCAUUAGGUUUAGUUGAAUACUUGAAUUUAAAGUUUCCGGGGAGAGCCUUCAGUUGUGUUCCAAA